AUGGGCUCCGCCACAGAGACCAAGACGCUGCGCAUCGGCGUCGACGUGGGCGGCACCAACACCGACGGCGUGGUGCUCGACCCGUCGCGGGCCCUGGACCCGGACAAGGGCAUCGUGGCCUGGCACAAGGCGCCGACGACCACGAAUCCCAGCCUUGGCAUAAACAAUGCCAUCACCAAAAUGUUCGAGACCGCGAGCCUCAGUCCGGACCAGGUCGCCAGCGUCACCAUCGGCACUACGCACUUCGUAAAUGCAGUCGUCGAGCGAGACGCCACGCGCCUGACCAAAGUCGCGGUCAUCCGGCUGUGCGGGCCGUUCUCCAAACACGCGCCGCCGUGCGUCGACUGGCCGGAGGACAUACGCGAGCUCAUUCUCGGCCACUCCGCGCUGCUGAAGGGCGGUCUAGAGGUUGACGGGUUUCUCAUAUCGGAAAUCGAUGAGGACCAGAUCAGGAAAGAAUGCGCCAUAAUUCGAGAGAAAGGCAUCAAGAGUAUAGUCAUCAAUGGCAUUUUCAGUCCGAUAGACACGAUCGAGCGGCAGGAGGAGCGCGCGGCGGAGAUCGUCCGCGCUGAGAUCCCGGGGUGCGAUGUCGUGUGCUCCAAGGACGUGGCCAACCUCGGCUUUCUGGAGAGAGAAAACGCGGCUAUCUUGAAUGCGUCCAUCCUUGCUUUUGCGCGGAAGACUAUACGAUCUUUCCAGGAGCCCAUCAAGCGCCUAGGGCUAGAUUGCCCGGUCUUCAUCACGCAGAACGACGGGACGAUUUUGUCUGGAGAGAUGGCGGCAAAGCUGCCUAUCCGGACGUUCUCAAGUGGUCCUACCAACAGUAUGCGUGGUGCGGCGUUCCUGGUACAAGAUGAGCUCGAUGAGGCCAUUAUGGUCGUUGAUAUUGGUGGGACGACGACAGACGUGGGCCUGCUGCUGGCGAACGGCUUCCCGCGCCAGCAAGCGGCUUAUAGUGACCUGGCAGGAGUGCGGAUGAACUUCUCCUGCCCUGAUAUCAAAAGCAUCGGCCUUGGAGGCGGCUCCGUUGUCCGAGAUGGCGAGUCGUUAACGGUCGGCCCGGACAGCGUUGGUUACAAGAUCACCAAAGAGGCCAUUGUCUUCGGCGGUAACGUGCUGACGACUACCGAUUGCACGGUGCUAGCCGACCCGAAACUUGAAAUUGGGAAUAGGGAGCUUGUCAAGGGCAAGCUUAGCGAUCAGGGCAUAGAUAAGUUCAAGACAGCCGUCAAAGAAAAGCUCGAGAAGGUCAUCGACGUGAUGAAGACGUCUCCUGAGGACCUCCCCGUCCUACUUGUGGGAGGCGGGGCGGUUAUCGCGCCUGAUGAGCUCAAGGGGGCAAGCAAGGUUCUAAAGCCAAAGUGGUCAGAAGUCGCAAAUGCCAUCGGUGCAGCUAUCGCGAGAGUAAGCGCUGUGAUUGAUACGGUGAAGUCCACGGAAUCGAAGACUACACAGCAGCUACUCGAUGAGAUCUGCCAAGACGCCAUUGAGAAGGCUGUAGCGGGAGGGGCGUCGCGAUCGACCGUCAAGGUCGUAGAGAUGGAUACGCUACCAUUGCCUUACAUUGCCAACAAGUCCCGCUUCACGGUACGAGCGGCGGGAGAUUUCGAUUACUCACGUACAGAUCUAUCGACUGUUCCCUUAGAUGAGCCAUUCUCUGGAGACGAACUCCAAAUGGAAGAGUAUGAAAAGUCUGCAGAGCAGUCACAGAAGAAGACCAGACCAGAGCCCAAAGAAGACGUUGAUAUCGACAGCUACAAGCCGAAAGUCAGGAAUCGUGUCUGGCUCGUCAACGAGACUGAUCUCAGCUGGAUCUCGAUCGGGUGCUAUAUUCUCGGCACGGGAGGCGGUGGAAGCCCCUAUUCUUCGAUGGUGCGGCUGCGAGAGAUGCUGCGGAAGGGCGCCGUGGUCCGAGUCGUGAGUCCUGAUGACCUGCCCGACGACGCCGCCGUAGGCUGCGGCGGGGGUGCCGGCUCACCUACCGUCGGUAUUGAGAAGCUGGGUGGCGACGAGAUGCUCCAUGCCCAGGAGGAACUAUACAAGAUCUGCGACAAGCCCGCCACGCAUAUGAUCGCUAUUGAGAUCGGCGGCGGAAAUGGCCUGCAAAGCAUGAUUAUCGGCGCCAGCACGAAUAUGGACUUGCCCGCGGUCGACGGCGACUGGAUGGGCCGGGCGUAUCCCACCAAAUGGCAGACCACUCCGGUGGUAUUCAACGAGCGAUCUCCGAUCUGGUCCCCGAUCUCGAUGGCGGACGGUAACGGCAACGUCGUGAUUAUGCCGAAAGUUACUUCGGACUUCCAGGUCGAGCGAGUGCUGCGCGCGGCGCUGAGCCAGAUGGGCUCGCAUACGGGAUGUGCAGACGCGCCCGUCACAGGCGCGGAGUGCAGGCGUUGGGCCGUGGAGCACACAAUCUCGCAGUCGUGGCGUAUUGGACGGGCAGUGGCGAAGGCGCGCAGGUCCAACCGCGUCGACAAUGUCGCAGAGACUAUACUCGACGAAUGUGGAGGCCCGGACGCGGGCAAGGUGCUCUGGAAGGGCAAGAUAGUCGGCGUUGAACGGACCUUACGCAUGGGACAUAUUUAUGGCGAGUGCAUCAUCGAAGGCGCGGACGUGGUUGAUGACAUCGGUGCCAAGUCACCACCCGCCACGGGCAACUCGAAGUCUGCUGCGCAAUUCCAGGGCUUGAUCAAGAUCCCGUUUAAGAACGAAAACAUCGCCGCCAUCAAGAUCUCGCGGUCCGUCGUGGACGGCGAGGUCAAAGAGAAAGAAGGAGAAGUGCUGGGCCUGGUGCCUGAUCUGAUUACGGUCAUUGAUACCCAGAACGGCGAGGCCAUUGGAACGCCCGAGUACAGAUACGGACUGCUUGUCAUUGUGCUGGGCAUCACGGCUAGUGAUCGCUGGACCUCGGAGAGAGGCAUUGAGAUUGGCGGGCCGAAGAGCUUUGGAAUGGACCAUCUGACCUACAAGCCGCUUGGGAAGUUCGUCAAGCCUACGAGUGUGAUUGAUGAGUUUGAUCUCAGCGAGUAG